CUGGAUUGCAACCGGCGACGCAACGAACCUCCGCUCUCCACUUCACCGGACCGACCGACGGCGACCGCCCGCCAUUUGUUUACUCGUCUCCCUCCCCUUCCCGUCCGCCUCCGCGCCCGCGGAGCUCCUUUUUCUCUAUCCACCCAUCCCCUCACCAACUCCUCCUGUCUCGGUUUGCGUGGAGAGAGAAAGCGAGGGAGGGAGGGAAGGAGAAGUCAAGCCUGAGCCGGGAACAGCUCAACAGCACGGGCCGCGGUCUCCGAAAAGGAGAGGCGUGGUGGGAGGGGGAGGGAGAGGGAGAGGGGGGCGAGCCAGCCAGAGCUAGCCACCUCCACACCGUGGCAAGCGGCAGAGUCGUACGCGAAGCAAGCAGCCCCCUGCAUCUGGAUCAGGCGCCCUCGCGCCGCCGCCGCCGCCGACGCUUCCUGCUCUCACCGACGUGGAUUGGAGAUCCCGCCCAGGCCUGGUUGCUCGUCGUCUUCCUUCGUCGGUACAAUUCAAUUGAUUACCUCAUCAGGGGAAAAAAAAAUCUGUAUCCACGGCUUCACAUGAGUGAAAGGGAUAGAAAGUGCAGCAACCGUGGACUAAAGGACUCGUGCUUUUGAGUAAUUGCGGAGGAGUACAUGCAUCACGAAGCCUUGAUUCUGGAAUGGUGUCCAGUCGAAGGAACAGCGGGGUUAUCCUACGGGAAGGGUCGGUUAGGGACUGGUCUGAGUUCAACGAUCCCUCGCCGUCUCCAAAACUGCUGUAUUCGCAAUCCUAUGUCGCAAUGAGGGGGUUGCUGGCCUCGUUGAUCUCCUUGGAUUUUUUCCUGCUGUCAAGCAAGCUAAAAUCUGCUUGUGCGGCUAUGACUUCCCAGAGGCAUAGUCGAUCACAGGAGAGAUCAAAAUCAAAGGGGUUGAGCUGCAGGAGAGUUGCAGUCCAUCUGUUGUUCUUUUUCAUGGUUGGCAUUUUCAUUGGGUUCAUGCCUUUGUUCUCUGUUGAUGUUUACAAGAAAAUAGUAUCUGAAAACGAGAGGCUUCCGUUCCACGAGGGUGUGAUUGAAACGGAAACGAUGGGUACUAAAGUUAAGGAGUUGGAGACAGUUGUAGUAGAGAAAGAGGUCGAACUGAUUGACGAGCCUCAGGUUCAAGAGAGCCCUCCAGUUCCUGCAAUGUUGGAUGAUGAGGCAGAUUUUGCUGAAUCGUCACCUGCUUUACCUGGUAUUGAAGAAUCUGACAUUGUCGCGAAGAAGCUGCUGAUAAUCGUGACAAUCACUUCUGUUCGGCCACAGCAGGCAUAUUAUUUGAAUCGGCUAGCCCAUGUUUUGAAAGCUGUACAUGCACCUCUUCUAUGGUUAGUGGUGGAAUGGCCUGAACAGUCCUAUGAAACAGCAGAAAUUCUGAGGUCUUCUGGGGUUAUGUACAGGCAUCUUGUAUGUAGAAAGAAUACCACGAGUGUACGGAAGAUUGCUGUCUGUCAAAGGAAUAAUGCAAUCUAUCAUAUCAAAAGGCAUCACCUUGAUGGUAUAAUGCAUUUUGCUGACGAAGAGCGGUCAUACUCAGCUGAUGUAUUUGAAGAAAUGCAGAAGAUCAGGCGCUUUGGCUCAUGGCCUGUAGCAAUCCAUGUUGGAACAAAGUAUAGGGCAGUUUUGGAAGGUCCUAUUUGCAAAGGUAACCGAGUCAUGGGAUGGCACACAGUCCAGACGGCUCAAAAGAAGAGUUUGACUCGUCGAUUCCCAAUUGGUUUCUCUGCAUUUGCUUUCAACAGUACAAUGUUAUGGGACCCUCAAAGAUGGAACCGCCCACCAAUGGAUUCUGUUAUAGUCCACUCAGGUGGAAGAGGUGGUUUGCAGGAGUCACGAUUUAUAGAAAAGCUUGUUAAAAAUGAGCGCCAAAUAGAGGGUCUUCCAGACAAUUGCAAUAGGGCUAUGGUCUGGAAUUUCAACCUGGAACCUCCUCUACUGAACUACCCCAGAGGCUGGGCAAUUUAUAAGAACCUGGAAGCUGACAUGCCUGUAAUAUAGUUUCCAGCUGCUGCACUAUGCCUGCUCCUAGAGGUGAUUUCUCCCAGCAAGGCAGAAGUUUGAAGCACAUCUCCAGUGGCAUGAUAGCUCUAAAUUUCAACUCCCUGUUGUUAUCAGGUGUCCACUUAGGCUGCUGGUUCAUGCCAUCCUGAACAAGUUGCGCCAAAGAUUACAUGGAUAUUGCCUGCUGAGAUCUGCUUUCAGUAAUGUCGGGGUCCGUUGCAGUGACAAUCAAGACAGGAUUUCCCCCACCUUUUAGUUUUGUGUAUUCCUUUUAUGCUCUUUAUUUUUUUUCUCCUUAUAUUCACCAGCUAGAUACGCCAUGUAGACUUCUUUUAGGCUCUUCUUUUUUUUUUCAUACUGUGUUACCUUACUGAUGUGAAAGCUCUCUCAUACAUUGCAACUGUUUAAGAGGAAAGGCAAAAUACCGUCUUGAUAUGUGAAGAGAUUCAAACAAAUCAUUUCUUCUUUUUUUUU